ACAUUUAUCCACUUUCAUUCAAAAAAGUGUUACAUGAGUUAAAGUUUAGCAAUAUUCUUCCAGGACUACUUUCAAGAUGGGUCGUUACGCAAAGGAACCAGAUAAUCCUGCCAAGUCUUGUAAGGCUCGUGGAUCAAAUCUACGAGUUCAUUUUAAGAACACACGCGAAACGGCGCUAGCUAUCAAGCGUAUGCCUUUACGUCGAGCUCAGAAAUUUCUGAAGAACGUAGUCGAAAAAAAGGAAUGCGUUCCAUUCCGUCGUUUUAACGGUGGUGUGGGACGCUGUGCCCAGGCCAAGCACUGGAACACGUCGGUGGGUCGAUGGCCGAAGAAAUCUGCUGAAUUCUUGCUCCAGCUGUUGAAGAAUGCCGAAGCGAAUGCUGACUACCGGGGGCUUGAUGUGGAUCGGCUGGUCGUUGAUCAUAUUCAGGUCAAUCGAGCACCGUGCUUGCGCCGUCGAACGUACCGUGCCCACGGUCGCAUUAAUCCUUACAUGUCGUCACCGUGCCACAUAGAGCUGUCACUGACUGAGAAAGAGGAUGUUGUGGCCAAAACAACGGAAGCCGAACCGGCUAAGAAGAAACUGUCUAAGAAGAAGCUCCAGCGACAGAAGGAAAAAAUGAUGCGAAACGAGUAGUGUAUUACCUGAGUUAAUGGAAGUGUAUAUGAAAAUUCGAAAAUACAAAGUUGGAGUACGUAAAAAUGUAA